AAUGAUGUCAAAGUCUCAACGAAGUUGUCAAGUAAUUUUGAAGUAGAAACUUCUUAUUUUCGUUUUAUAAUUUCUAAUUAUGGUGUAGAAUCAAUUAAAUAAUAAAAACAAAGGCUUUUAGACAGUUUAGCGUACUCUUGAACAUAUAUAUAUGUCGUAGAUUAUAGCGCAAUAUGACAUCCUCGAGUCAGGACUAUAUAUUUGAACCUUUUAAGGUUACUGAAGUCAAGUUUAGAGGUUCUGAAGUUCCGCGGCCUCGUAGCGGCCAUAGGAUAGUUUGUGAUGAUAUUAACAUUUAUUGUUUUGGAGGCUAUAAUCCAGUUUUACCCUUGAAUAGCAUCCAAAGAGUUGAUCCAACUUGGAGUCCACAACGGCCCCUGUUUAAAGAAUUAUGGAGUUAUUGUAUCGCUACUAGGAAAUGGACACAACACAAAGUUGUACAGAACAUGCCUGAAGAACUUGCAUCAAAUGCUAUGUGCAUGAAUGGAAGAUACCUAAUGAUAUUUGGCGGCACUGGUGCUCCUUUUGGAAAUAAAUGCAGCAAUGAUGUUAUAACAUGGAGGACAAAUCCUGGUGAUGCAAAGCUGGAAAUUUUAAAUGUAACAGGAAUAAGACCUCCUGGUCAAUAUGGACAGUCAAUAUUAUGUCACAACGGCUACUUUUAUACUAUAGGUGGUACCAAUGGAUUUGCAUACAACUGUGAUAUAUAUAGGUUAGACCUUCGAACAAUGAACUGGGAGCAAGUAUAUGUUGGUAAUGGACAAGAUGGUGAGCCAGUAGGAAGAUAUCGACAUGAAAUAGCACGUGUUGGAAACAAGCUCUAUAUCAUUGGUGGUGGAACUGGUGAAUAUGCUUUCGAACUCAUGGAAAUACCAGUUUAUGAUUUGGAUACUGAUACUUGGUCAUUUUUGAGUCCUAAAGCUGAUGACACUUUGCGGGAAACAUUGGCGCCUCUAGCUAGGAAAUGUCAUAGUGCAGUGCAAGUUAACACAGAGGCAGGACCACAAGUGUUUGUAGUAGGCGGAUCAGAUGGACAGUCAAUGUUUGACGAUAUUUGGAGAUUGAAUAUUAAAGAGAUGCAAUGGAACUUGAUGCAAAAGACUGUAUUGCCACACCCACUGCAUUUCCAUUCAUCUACAGUCACUUCAUAUGGUUGUAUGUAUGUUUUUGGUGGUAUUGAACCCAAGGAUGAGGCAACUAGUCGAAAUAACACAUUAUAUAAAGUCUGGGUCUGUAUACCGAAGUUAAGUGAGAUUUGUUGGGAGGCUUUGCUAAACUUUCAACCUAAUUUAGAUCAGGUUGAAAAGAAAACCCUACUGAAUAUUGGUAUUCCUGCUCAUUUUGUGGAUAGGGUGCAUUUAACUUGAAGUUAUAUAGAACUAUGAAAUUAGUGUGCAAAUAUCUAUUUCAUGACCUUCUGGUGUAAAUAGCUUAUGAUAUAGUGUGUUAUAUAUUUAUUAUGUAAUGACUAGAG